UGCGUGACAGUGUAUGAGUGCAAAAUGAUUUUUAUACAACUUAAUAUAUAAAAAUGUGAUAACGCGAUUGUCAAAAGCACCGCAUACAGAUACAAACGAGCAGUAAUUUAUAUUCGUAGUGUGUUAUUCGCAAAUCAAGUAAACGCAAGGAAAUCGAAAAUGUGAAAACAGGCCGCAUACGAAAGGCACACAUACACACGCACACAGCCAAAUGCAUACGCGCACACGUUGACACACGCACACACACAAUGACCCAAAAAGGAUGUCGAGCUGCGGCAGCCUAUAGUAAAUACGUUGUUGUUGCCCAUGUCAAUUGGGCCUGCUUUGUCGUCAUAGAUUGGGUCGAUGAAUGGCACUAACUGCGGCGCUGGGGCGCAGGAUGCCAUUGCCUUUAUUACGUUUGACAGAUAACAAAGGGAAAUGAAGACGUCAGCAUCGGAUGAACUGGAAGUGGAAGUGGAUGUCGAACUGCGGCCGGGGGCUCAACAUGGCUAUCUAAUUAGUGAGGAGCAGGCGACGAAGGCAAGGCUACUAACGAUAUAUUUAUUUACGCUGUGAUAGUGAAAUACCAAAAACACCAAACAAACAAAAUAACAAAACAAAUGAAACGAAAGGAAAACCCAAUAAAAAAAAUAAACAUGCCAAGAAUCAAACGCAAUAUUUUCGCUGAAGCAAAUUAUAAUUGAAAAUUGAAGAGAAAGACUAAACUAAGAAAAACAAAAACUAAUUCAACAAAAAGCUUUAACAAAACACCAAGCAGAGAAGACAGAAGGAAAAACUGUUCUUAUAUUAAUUGUAAUUAUUCUAGUAAGAAAAAAAAAAAAAAAAAAAAACCAGCACCAAUUAGCGCUUAACCCGUAGAUGAACUAGUCAAUAUGUUUAGCUAGUUACAAUUUGUACUUAACAAUUACUUAGUGGCUUUAACUAAAACACCAAGCAACCAAAAACACCAAAAAACCAACAAAGGAAAAAAACAAAAUCAAAGUUCAAUUGAAAAGAAACUAACGAAUAUACGUUUAGGGAAUUUCAAUAUAGAUAAGCUUAGCCAAGUUACUUAUUAAGUUUAGAGCAAAUAUACACAUACUUAUAUAUACACAUUAUAUAUAUAAAUAUACACAUACAUAUAUCAUUAUAUAUAUGUAUAAAUAAUAAAGAGCCGCCACACAUACUGCAGCCCCCGCAGAAGGCCCUAAAUCAAAUUCAUUCAGAAAACGUGCCAUAAACCGGACUGCCAGACGUCGCUAAAUGUCAAAGUCAUAAAGAGAGCGACACAGAGGAAAACAAAGAAAUAAAGGGAGAGAGAGAGCGAAAAAGAGUGAAAGAGUAAACUUGCGCGUGGGAGCGCCUAAAAGCACGCCCUCGUGUGGAUAUAAGGUUAAAAGCUCAGCUUUGCUUCUGAUUAGCCAAGACACAAACCUAAACAUGGCAAACGCCACAACUCCUGCAGGAACAACAGCAUCAACAACCCAUCUGGACGAUGCGAGCAGCAUGAGCGACGAUGUUUUCGAGGAUGCGGAAACGACCAAAGCACGCAUCGAGGAGCUGCGCCGUCGCCCCUUUGGAGAUGGCUGUUAUAAUCCGGUGGCAGCGCCUGUGUCGCAGCAUCAGCACCAUCAUCAUCACCACCCCAACACCAAUCACACCAACAGCAGCAGCCAGCAGAGCCUGACGAGUAGCCAUCAUUACCAUGACCAUGAUGCCAUCAUGGCACCCGUUCAGCGGUCCGCCACCGGCUAUCCGGGCUAUCGGCCAUCCCGCGAAGCAAUGCAGAUGUAUGCCUACGGCAAUGCGGACUACGAGCUGGAGGAUGAUUACGAUGAUGGCUGGCGCUCGUAUCGCUACGACGAGGUGGACAUGCAUCAGACAGCGCCACCAGCCCAUCAGCAACCCUUCGACGACACCAUCAAUCACAAGACGAUCCUCCUGGGUGACUCUGGCGUGGGCAAAACCUCCUUUCUGGUCAAAUACAAUACGGGCGAGUUUCGUUUGGGCUCCUUCUCUGCCACCGUUGGCAUUGCACUAACGAACAAGGUGGUCGUUGUCGAUGGCACGCGCGUUAAGCUACAGAUCUGGGAUACGGCCGGACAGGAGCGUUUUCGCAGCGUAACCCACGCCUAUUAUCGCGAUGCCCACGCGCUGCUGCUGCUGUACGAUGUGACCAACAAGACCACCUACGACAACAUACGCGCCUGGCUGGGCGAGAUACGCGAGUACGCGCAGGAGGACGUUGUCAUCGUUUUAAUAGGCAACAAGGCCGAUUGCAGCAGCAGCGAGCGGCAGGUGAAGCGCGAGGAUGGCGAGCGACUUGGACGUGAGCACGAUGUACCAUUCAUGGAGACAUCCGCCAAGACCGGACUCAAUGUGGAGCUGGCAUUCACAGCGGUGGCCAGGCAGCUGAAGAGUCGCGGCUACGAGCAUGGCGAUGAUGGAAAAUUCAAUGUGCAUGAUUUUGUGCGUGACAAUACAAAGGCUCGGUCUGUUUGUGCUCAAUGCAGGAACAUGUAAAUUGUUUCUCUUCCAGCACAAUGAAAACUUUGCACAAAACCCACAAAAAGAGCUCACAAAACAAAGCGCAAAUUUGUACAAAAAGAAAAACUUUGCAAAACCCCAAAAAAAAAGAGAAAUUGAAUGAAUAAUGCCAAAUCGACAGAAAAGAAAAAAAAAUCUAAUAAUUGGUUAUUCAUAGGGCACGCGUGAGGCAAACAGUUUAGGGAGAUCCUAACGGGAUAGUGUUUGCAUGUAAAUUGAUGUAUGAGGAGGAUGUAAGUAGAGAGGGGAUCGGAAUUAUAUAAGUUGGCAUUGGAUAGCUUAAAUAUUGGAUAAUAUAUAUACAUGAAUACAUAUACAGAUAUAUCUAUAUACAAACAAGUACAUACUUUAUUUUUUGGCAAGGAUAAUAGAAAAGUCCUUGCAGGAAACGAACAAAACCAAAUAACGCAAAGUGCAGCAAAAUCAUGCAUCAUUGAUAUUUGUCCAGCACGUCGCGUCGUCGAUAAUUUGUAUUUAUUAUAACCGCGCUGUAAGCUGUUAGUGGCUGAAAAGAAUAUGUGCGAACCGAGCAUUUGCCACACAAAUUUAAAUAUAGGCGUUAGCUUAUACACAUAUAUUAUAUAAAGGCAUUGCCCAGAAGCAACCAAUCUAGAUUGAACCAAGCCCAAUUAAUGAGAAACAAUCACUCAAUUUACCUUAACAAAAACUAUUAAUUGUAUUUAUUGAGACUUCUGUUUUAUUAUGUAUCGUUAAGUGUUAUGCCUACCGUUAAGUUUUAAAAACCUCACACAUAAAUGAAAACG